GAGUCGAAGGACUAGAAUGAGAUCACUGAACUCAUUUCACUUGUUGCUUACGGUACAGUCCAGCAUGAGCUGGAAAUGUAGGAACCUCAGCCUCCCGAGCAGAAAGAUAACGAAGCUGAGAAGACAGUAAAAGAAAUUCGGGGCAAGGUGCCAGACGCCCAGACGGAAGGAGAAUGUGGACCAAAAGAUUGCGACAAUCGGUUCCUUGACCGUCAUUCUGUGGCCUGCCCCUUCUCUUUAUAUGCAGCCGCUCUCUGCUCCCUGCCCCAAUGAACAUCUGCACUAGGCCCAAGCCUUGGAGUGAUUUACCUGAAGAGUGACACCAUUUAUUUGAAAACUACUAUGAGGAAACUGAAGCCCAGAGAGGUGAAGUGAGGUGCCCAAGGCCACACAGCAAGUUAGAGGCACAGCUAGUACCAUAGCUCAAGUCUCCAGACUCCCAGUCCAGUGCUCCUCCCAUUACUCCACGGGUCCUGUCUCUAAGCUUCCUGACAAAUGCUAGAACGGAAGAAACCCAAGACAGCUGAAAACCAGAAGGCAUCUGAGGAGAAUGAGAUUACUCAGCCGGGUGGAUCCAGCGCCAAGCCGGGCCUUCCCUGCCUGAACUUUGAAGCUGUUUUGUCCCCAGGCCCAGCCCUCAUCCACUCAACACAUUCACUGACAAACUCUCACGCUCACACCGGGUCAUCUGAUUGUGACAUCAGUUGCAAGGGGAUGACCGAGCGCAUUCACAGCAUCAACCUUCACAACUUCAGCAAUUCCGUGCUCGAGACCCUCAACGAGCAGCGCAACCGUGGCCACUUCUGUGACGUGACGGUGCGCAUCCACGGGAGCAUGCUGCGCGCACACCGCUGCGUGCUGGCAGCCGGCAGCCCCUUCUUCCAGGACAAGCUGCUGCUGGGCUACAGCGACAUUGAGAUCCCGUCCGUGGUGUCGGUGCAGUCGGUGCAAAAGCUCAUUGACUUCAUGUACAGUGGCGUGCUGCGCGUCUCGCAGUCGGAAGCCCUGCAGAUCCUGACGGCCGCCAGCAUCCUGCAGAUCAAAACGGUCAUCGAUGAGUGCACGCGCAUCGUGUCGCAGAACGUGGGCGAUGUGUUCCCGGGGAUUCAGGACUCGGGCCAGGACACGCCACGGGGCACUCCCGAGUCGGGCACCUCGGGCCAGAGCAGCGACACCGAGUCAGGCUACCUGCAGAGCCACCCGCAGCACAGCGUGGACAGGAUCUACUCGGCGCUCUAUGCCUGCUCCAUGCAGAAUGGCAGCGGCGAGCGCUCCUUCUACAGCGGUGCGGUGGUCAGCCACCACGAGACGGCACUCGGCCUGCCCCGCGACCACCAUAUGGAAGACCCCAGCUGGAUCACGCGCAUCCACGAGCGCUCGCAGCAGAUGGAGCGCUACCUGUCCACCACCCCCGAGACCACGCACUGCCGCAAACAGCCCCGGCCGGUGCGCAUCCAGACCCUGGUGGGCAACAUCCACAUCAAGCAGGAGAUGGAGGACGACUACGACUACUACGGGCAGCAAAGGGUGCAGAUCCUGGAGCGCAACGAGUCCGAGGAGUGUACGGAAGACACCGACCAGGCCGAGGGCACCGAGAGUGAACCCAAGGGCGAAAGCUUCGACUCGGGCGUCAGCUCCUCCAUAGGCACCGAACCCGACUCCGUGGAGCAGCAGUUCGGGCCUGGGACGGCGCGGGACGGCCAGGCCGAAUCUGCCCAACCUGAGCAGGCUGCGGAAGCCCCGGCUGAGGGCGCCCCGCAGCCGCACCAGCUAGAGACCGGUGCCUCCUCCCCGGAAAGAAGCAACGAGGUGGAGCUGGACAGCACGGUGAUCGCCGUAAGCAACAGCUCCGACAAGAGCGCCCUGCAGCAGCCUGCGGUCAGCACGUCCAUCGGGCAGCCACUGCCAAGUACCCAGCUCUACUUACGCCAGACGGAAACCCUCACCAGCAACUUGAGGAUGCCUCUGACCUUAACCAGCAACACACAGGUCAUUGGCACAGCCGGCAACACCUACCUGCCGGCCCUCUUCACCACCCAGCCCGCGGGCAGCGGCCCCAAGCCUUUCCUCUUCAGCCUGCCACAGCCCUUGGCAGGCCAGCAGACCCAGUUUGUGACAGUGUCCCAGCCCGGCCUGUCAACCUUUACUGCACAGCUGCCAGCGCCACAGCCCCUGGCCCCAUCCGCCGGCCACAGCACAGCCAGUGGGCAGGGCGAAAAAAAGCCUUAUGAGUGCACUCUCUGCAACAAGACUUUCACCGCCAAACAGAACUACGUCAAGCACAUGUUCGUACACACAGGUGAGAAGCCCCACCAAUGCAGCAUCUGUUGGCGCUCCUUCUCCUUAAAGGAUUACCUUAUCAAGCACAUGGUGACACACACGGGAGUGAGGGCGUACCAGUGUAGUAUCUGCAACAAGCGCUUCACCCAGAAGAGUUCCCUCAAUGUGCACAUGCGCCUCCACCGGGGCGAGAAGUCCUAUGAGUGCUACAUCUGCAAAAAGAAGUUCUCCCACAAGACCCUCCUGGAGCGACACGUGGCCCUGCACAGUGCCAGCAACGGGACCCCUCCCGCAGGCACACCCCCAGGGGCCCGAGCUGGCCCCCCAGGGGUGGUGGCCUGCACGGAGGGGACCACCUACGUCUGCUCCGUCUGUCCAGCAAAGUUUGACCAAAUCGAGCAGUUCAACGACCACAUGAGGAUGCAUGUGUCUGACGGAUAAGUAGUAUCUUUCUCUCUUUCUUAUGAACAAAACAAAACAACAAAAAAGAAAUGAACGAAAAAAAGCUAUGGCACUAGAAUUUAAGAAAUGUUUUGGUUUCGUUUUUACUUUCUGUUUUUGUUUUUGUUUCGUUUCAUUUUGUACUACAUGAAGAACUGUUUUUGCCUGCUGGUACAUUACAUUUCGGAGGCUCAGGGGAAUAAUAGUUCUCCCAGUCUCCCUCGGAUGGUGGCCUUAAGGCCUGGUAGUGCUUCAGGAGGUCCACUGGUUGGAUCUCUAGCUACUGGCCUCUAAAUACAACCCUUCUUUACAAAAAAAUCUUUAAAAAAAAAAAAAAGUAAAA